AUGGUUAGAGACCAACGUGUAUUGGUACCUUUAUUUAAAUUUGGCAAAUUAUUAUUUCUUUCAUUUUCAGAUCUCCAUCAAUAUAUUAUAGAAGUGGAAAAUCAAUUGGAAAUAAGAAAACAAAUAGAAACUGCAAUGGAAAGCAGAUUAGGUGAUUUCCAUGACUACAAUGAAUGUUUCCUUGAAUAUGAUGAGGUAUCGAUUGAAGAGAAGACCUAUCAAUAUUUUAAGAAACUUUUUCUAGAUUCAAUGUUGGUGGCUGCUGAAGUGGGGGCACUCCAUCUUAUCGAAUAUGUAGAGAGAUUUUUCCCUUAUGAUUUAGAUUACCGUUACAUUUUGGAGAUGGCAGUUCAAUAUGGUCAUCUACCAAUCGUAAAAAUAUAUAUCAACAAAUUCCUAUAUAUAAAUUGUUUAUUUGAAAAUAUUAAUAAUUAUAAUCGAUUUCUAAUGGAUAUUGCCGCGGAAUAUGGACAAUUAGAGAUUUUAAAGUAUCUCUAUUUCAAUAGGUAUCCAUUUUCAAAAGAGACUUGUAAUCUAGCAAUAACUAAUGGACAUCUAAAUGUGAUUGCAUUCCUAUAUCACAAUAAUAUUCAAAACGAAUUUUCCUUAAAUACUGCAAUUUCCUAUAAUCAAUUCGAAAUUGUCAAAUUUAUUUUGAUUAAUAAAAUAGAUAAUGUAUCAUUCACAUCCCUUUAUCUUGCAGUUGAAAAAGCUAACUUUGAAAUUCUCAAGUUUCUCAUUCCAAAUAGUUCUUUGAUAAAUUUAAAUCAAUGUUUAAUGGAAAAAGCAUCAGAGAUUGGAAGUUUAGAAAUCAUAAAGUAUCUAUCAGAGAGUACUAGAGCACAUUGUUCAACCAGAGUAAUGGAUGUAGCUUGUUCAAAUGGACAUUUAAAUAUUCUUCUAUACUUACAUUUCAAUCGUACUGAAGGUUGUACUCAAGAAGCAUUACGUUUAGCUAUUCUCAAUAAUCAUUUGGAUGUUGUCGAAUUUCUAGUUAAUGUCAAACACCUCGAAAUUGAUUAUUCGGUUCAUUUAUCCACGAUAAUUAAUUAUCGUACACCCAAUUUUUCAACAUUCAAAUAUUUCUAUGAAAGAAUUCCAGAGAAUAUAAAAACUAAUCCGACUGGAUUUCUUAUGGAUAGCUUUAUCAAAGAUGAUGACAUUUUGGUUUUAGAAUGGUUGAGAUUUAAUAAUUUUGAAUUCUCACCAAAUGCAUUAGAUAUAGCUAUUCAAAACAAUAGUCUUUCAACUUUCAAAUGGUUUCAUGAGAACACCGUUUUUCAUCUUGAUAUUCAGCAUUCUAGAGAAGCAAUCAUCAAUGGUUGCCUUCCAAUUGCUAAAUAUCUCAAUGACGUGGGAGCACCUUUCCCAGAAUUCCCAAUGGACAUUGCACAUGAUCUACAGAUGCUCAUUUAUCUUCAUCAAAAUAGAACUGAACCUUGUUCAUUCAAAUCAAUGGACAAUGCAAUUUAUCAUGAUGAUAUCUCAAUGAUUAAAUAUCUCAAGAAACACAACUUUACCAUUCAACCAACUAGACAAAUUCAAAGUUAUAAAAAAUUUUCAUGUUAUUUAUACAAUUCUAGAGUUACGUUGAUAAAGAAUUAUCAUCUUUAA